CAAAAGUCAUGGCUGAACUUAAAGAAUUCUACUUCAAGAGUGAACCUGGUAUAAUGGAACUGCUUGCAAAAUUAACAGAGGAUUAUGCAAACUAUUCUUCAAAGGUUGUGGAAAAAUGGCCUGGUUAUGCUAAAAUUGCAGAAAAAAUGCGUAAAAAUGUUGGUGACACCUUCAAGCAAAAAAUUUUAAAAAUUUUCCCAAAAGAACAAGCUUUAGUUAAGGUACUUGUUCAUGCGGAUUUGUGGAUCAAAAAUAUUCUUAUGCUGAGGGAUGCUGAAGGUCCAAAAGAUGCUAUAUUUGUGGAUUACCAGAUGUGCUUUGAAGGAAGUCCUGCAUUGGACAUUCACAAUUUGUUUAUAACAAGUGUUAAAUUGGAUGUAUUGAAAACUAAACGUCUCGAAUUAAUUAGACAUUACUAUGACGUCUUACGCACUACACUCAUUGCUUGCGAUUAUAAUAGAGACGACAUACCAACAUUAGACGAUAUUUUAUAUGAAGUACAACGCACUGAAUUCUUUUCGUAUUAUGAGCUCGUUUUUCCAUUCGCCCAAACAAAUCUCAGUGAUAAGUUAACGGAAGGCUUAGGUGUUGGUGAUUUAACAGAGGAAAAUAAUAUGGAACGCACUCUAAAAGAUAUAUACAGUAAUCGUAGAGUUUUGGAUACAUAUGCCUAUGAGUUGAGGCGUUUGGAUGAUCUAGGCAUACUCGAUUAAAUUAUGUUUGCAAUGUAAACGUCUUACAAAUUUGAUAUAAAUUUUGUACUUAAUUUAGUUAUAAUAACU